AUGGCAGCCCGUGUCUUGGAGACGUGCCUCAAAGACCCCAUUCUUGAGACGCACCUCAGCACCCAUUUCGCCAUGCUCCGAGGGUCUGCCAAGCGCGAGGACAGGUUAGCCUUGCUGAAUGAGCUUGUUUGCUUGGGCCUUGGGGACUUAAAAGAAAAGAAACGACGGCAGGGAGGGACGGGUCGAUAUGUGGAAUUCCAUCGUUGCCCUCUCUCUCCAGCGAUUUCAGCCACCCUUCUGGACCUACAAGUCUCUGAGGCUUUCUGGCCGUCUUCAAUCCCGCAGUCUGCUGGUCAGGAUGCACGUCCUGAGCGCUCACCACUUCCACCAAUGCAUGGCGCAGGAAAACGUGGAAGACACGGGGAGGAGCCAGCAGACAACGCUGAAGAAAACGACGCACGUCGGGGUCGUCCUUCUGCUGAGGAGGUUGCUGCUCUCUACACCAUGCGGUACACACUGCCGUGCGAGCGCGCCUUGUCCAAAGUCGAUUUUUUGAAGCAAGAGCAAGCUUGGGCAAGUUCUCUCAUACCCGGGCACAAUUUGAGAAUCCGGUCCCAAUGCGCUCCACAUGCACACGGCUUCAAGGCUUACCUCUGGUGCAAUUCCUGCGAUGCAUGUCAGGAUCGGAAGGGCUGGAAAGCAAUUUGCACAUACAACCAGCCGGAGAAUGAAAUUGAGAGGAAGUCCACUCCAAUCACUGCCCACGGCGAUUUUAGUGCCACACGGGCAUGGAAUCCUCUGACUGCUACUGCCGAGCAUGCUUUGAAGCAGUAUGUGCAAAACCAUACUCGUUUCACAACCCAAGACCUUGUGCGGGUCGUCGAGCAACACCAGCCGGACCGCCCGUCAGACGCCUGGCUCCGCACGUGGGGAAAGAACCACCGCGUGCACAAGGGCAGUGCUGCUUCCCGUGCCAGUUCCUUCAAGUGGGUGGCUGCAGACUGGAGACAAUUGGAGCGUGAACUGGGUUCUGUGCAGGGUGUAGAUGAUGCUGUAAAUGAGCUAAAGGACCUGGCUCAAAAGUCGGUGUUUCGCUGCGCUAGCCGGGUGACCGACUGGGCACAUGUCAUUGGUGUUUGCAACCGCCCCAAGACCACAAAAGCUUUGAUGCCUGCAGAUGAGAGGAUCAAAACCUUCCGCACAGGUGCCUUUGCCACAGUGAAAAGCCAUUUGACGCAGAGUGGUCUGAAGUUGUUGCCCUUGAAAGCAGCGAAAGCAUUGCAGAGGCAUUACUUUGUCAAGCAUUCGCGCCAGCAAGCCCAGACUGCUUUUGGAGCCUUUGACUGGCCCGGAGAACCAACUACGUUCUACACCGCUGAGUGGUGGUGUGGCCUGCAGCGAAUCCAGCCUGGAUCCGCUUCCGGCACACAAGCGCAGGAGUCAUGGCACCGCUGGAAGCUUAAAAAGUACCUCGGCCUCCGCAGUAGCUUGCAAUCCUUCGCAUCGUCCUUAGCCAGCUUCACUAAGUCACGUCUGAUGGACUUGCGUGCAGCGGGCUCGUGCCUACCCGACAUGCCAGCCGAACCGUUUCCUGAUAAGAUGGUCUUGUGGGAUUCGGACGCACUGACCCGGCAAGGCCGGUCAUCGGCGGAACAGUUUUUUAGGGUGCAGGCGUGGGACCGUUUUGACGAUGAUGAUGGGACAACAUUCUUGUGCAUGCGCCGCACCCUGGCCACAUAUGACCACGCUUCCAAAACUUGGCCUCUUUUGGAUUUGGAAAAGCUUUUGAAGCUGUUGGAUUCCUAUGUUGUUGUUGCAGUGGGCCACUUUGCUGCCCAAUUCUGGCGUCGAGAGUCAAUGGCGCAGGAGCUCAGCCCGCAUACGCAGGGCUUUUGUGCGUUUUGCGCCGAGUUUUGUCUCCACGCAACCUGUGAGCACAUGCACGCUGCGUUCCUCGUUUUAGGCCAAUUGUCGCUACAGCGGCCAGUGUUUCCCCAGCGAAGCCAGCCGGUACCUUUGUUUGAACAACAGCCUGUUCAAGUCUUGUUGCCCUCGGCUUUGGGUGGGCUCUCGGACCAAAGCCAUCCUCGACCUCAGCCUUUGGCCAUUCCGCGUGAGGACGCUGCACUUGCUGCGUUUCUACGCUGUCACCAGUGGACUUUGUGGAAUCCUCCGCUGCAACAGCAGCAAAUAACAGUUCAUCAGUUGUCCGUCCUGAGCUUUGCAGACCUCCGCCUUGCCUUGCCAAGUCUUCCUUCUGGUGUCCUCCUCCAAAUGCAAAGCGCUGCCACGAAGUGGCCUUCAUUGACCACGGUCUGCCAGAUUCAUGUCCCAGAGGUGGCGGCUGGAGUUGGCUCAUCAGAUGUGUUCGACUAA